UUAACAUGAACCGUGAUUAGAAGUAGUACUAACGUGACGUAUAUAUAUCCUAUAUUUUCUGAGUCAACAUUGGCGUGUAAUACGAAAGGAAAUCGUGACAUGGGCAGAUCAGUGAAUCAGUGGUACAAAAUUUCCAACCAUUUUGUUGACUCGCGAAUCAUACAUGACAGAUACUUGGACUAUUCUCUUUCGGAAACUUGACUAGUUACACUGAGCUGUCUGAGCAUGUAAACUGCAGCAUAGCGCGACUAGUGAGCAACAGAGGUGAAAGCUUCUUCCCAAGGUAGAGGAUCUAGAGAUCCAGGCCAUGUCUCGCUCCGUCCAAUUGGCGGUGGCCGCCGGCGAUCAAGUCGAUCCGGACAGUCUCCGGCUUCACCAGCUCGGCUACAAGCAGGAGCUCAAGCGUGGCCUCUCGGCACUGUCCAACUUUGCCUUCUCCUUCGCCAACAUCUCCGUGAUGAUGGGGGUGACGACGACGUACAACACCGGGCUGCGGUACGGCGGGCCGGUGUCCAUGACGUUGGGAUGGUUGGUGGUGGCGGUGUUCAACUGCUGCGUCGCCCUGUCCAUGGCCGAGAUCUGCUCGGCGUACCCGACUUCCGGCGGGCUAUACUACUGGAGCGCCAAGCUGGCCGGCAAACAAUGGGCUUCCUUGGCUUCCUGGGUCACUGGCUGGUUCAACGUUGUGGGACAGUGGGCAGCUAUUGCAAGCGUAGAUUUCUCGUUGGCGCAGCUGCUACAAGUGAUCAUCUUGCUUAGCACAGGAGGAGGCAAUGGCGGCGGUUACAUGGCUUCCAAGUACACCGUGCUGGCGAUUUAUGCCUUCAUCCUAAUCUUGCAUGGCAUCAUCAACAGCCUCCCUAUCGAGUGGCUAUCUCUGUUUGGCCAUGUCGGAGCCAUCUGGAAUGCUGCAGGUAUCUUUGUGCUGACGAUCUUGAUUCCAGCAGUAGCAAAGGACAGGCCAAAUAUUGAGUUCGUGUUUACCCAUCUCAACACGGAAAACGGCAUGGGGAUCCAUGACAAGGCUUACAUCCUAGCCGUGGGCUUGCUGAUGAGCCAGUACUCUGUUAUCGGCUACGAUACAUCUGCUCACAUGGUUGAGGAGACAAAGAAUGCAGACCGGAGCGGCCCAAUUGGGAUCAUCACCUCGGUUCUUUUCGCGACGGUGUUUGGUUGGAUUUACCUGUUGGCUCUGACAUCUGUCGUGACGGACAUCCCGUACCUGCUCAGCCCCAGCAACGACGCCGGCGGCUACGCCAUCGCGCAGGCUCUGUACACCGCCUUCCACCGGAGAUACGGCAGCGGAGUUGGAGGGAUCGUCUGCUUGGGAGCCGUCGCCGUCGCCGUCUUCCUCUGCGGCAUCGCGUGCGUCACCAGCAAUUCGAGGAUGGCGUACGCCUUCUCCAGAGACGGGGCGAUGCCGUUGUCGCGCGUGUGGUACCGGGUGAACAAGCACGAGGUGCCCCUCAACGUCGUCUGGCUCGGCGUCGCCGUGGCGUUCGUCAUGGCUCUCACGUCGCUGGGGAGCCAGGUGGCGUUCCAGGCGAUGGGUUCGAUCGCGACGCUGGGGAUGUACAUCGCGUACGCGCUGCCCGUGUUCUUCCGCGUGACGACGGCUCGGAGAUCGUUCGUGCCAGGGCCGUUCCACCUCGGGCGAUACGGGGUCGUCGUCGGCUGGGCGGGUGUGGUGUGGGUGGCCACCGUCACGGUGCUCUUCUCGCUGCCGGUGGCGUACCCGGUGGCCAACAAGGAGACAUUCAACUACACUCCGGUGGCCGUCGGCGGCGUGUUAUUGCUCAGUGUUGGUGCGUGGGUGCUACGUGCCCGCUUCUGGUUCCAAGGGCCCAUCACGAAUGUUGACACGCAUUGUUGACAAGUAUGGUAUCGUGUUGUUAGUCAGCGAGUCAGUGGAAAUAUGGAACCACACUUUUAUAUUGUGUAAUCUAUACGUGCAAUUGUAGUCGUUCAGCAGUUAUCCACCAUUCCGGUUUUCUUUUUUUA